UAGCGGUUAAAAGUGGCUGUUAUAUGAUCCGGCUGGCUGGUGCUUCAGCGCAGCGAUUUCUUGUAACUUUUGACAGGUCGUUCUCUUUUUUCGUCGGCGGUACGACCGAAACAACGCGUGUGUUGUGUAGCGUAAAUCAAUAUUUUUUUCUGGAUUAUAAAGUGAUUUCAAGCUGAAAGUUUUGUGUUAAAUUAGUGCUGUAGUGAACAAUGAACAGGAGUUAAAAAUUAUAUCAAUAGCAGAAUGCUCACCAAAGGCAACACGGCUCCGAUGUUCUAUCGAAUACUGUCUCGAUUUCCGCCGAACAUUACGUUUUGUUUUGCUUACGGUUCCGGCGUGAAGCAGCAGCUGGGGCAGGAUGCGGUCCAGAAGAAAAAGAACAUGAUUGAUAUGAUUUUCACGGUGGACAAUGCGCACCGGUGGCACGCUAGUAACUUGGAGCGCAAUCCGGAUCAUUAUUCCGGACUGAAGCAUUUGGGAAGCAACUUUAUCGCCAAGUAUCAGGAAUCGUUUGGAGCGAAGGUUUUCUUCAAUACGCUGAUCCCGAUUCCGGACGAGGACGUUGUAAUCAAGUAUGGAGUCGUAUGCACCCGGGACCUCUUGGAUGACCUAACGACUUGGUCGAAUUUGUACUUGGCCGGACGCCUCCAUAAACCAGUUGAAAUUAUCCGGCCUGCAAGUGGUUCCAAGAUCCAGAAUGCAAUCGAUGCCAAUCUGCGAGCGGCGGUUCAUGCGGCAUUGCUCUUGCUACCGGAAAAGUUUACCGAGUUUGAGCUAUAUCGAGCGAUCUCCAACAUCAGUUAUGCGGGAGACUUCCGGAUGAUAUUCGGCGAAAACAAGGACAAAGUGAACAACAUCGUACGGCCCCAGUUGGAAAACUUCCGGAAUCUUUAUGCGCCAACUUUGGACCAUUUAGGACUCGUUCUGCAACUUCCCCCGCAGAACAGCGACAAUUCCAUUUGCAUCCAAGAUCAAUCGGAGAAAACUAUUCUGCACCACCUGAAUAACCUCCCGAAGUGGCCAAUUCGACGGAUCGUACAGAAGCAAACAAAGGGACGCUAUCGUCAGGACACCGAAGACAUAUUAACGGAUGUGUCCAAGUCGACAAACUAUCGGGAGAUUGUCAGCCACUGUUUGCGUGCGAUUGUGUGGCAGAGCAGCGUGAAGCAGUCCAUCAAGAACAUACCGUCGGCGGGGAUGAUGAAAUCCGUUCGAUACAGCUGGGACAAAGCACUGAAGACGUUCAACUAGGAAAGACAAAAUGACUAGCUACAAGUCACUGCAUUUAAGUUUAUUGUCAGUUUAACACUAGUCACGGUAGCACUGGUAUUGUUUGAGUUGGAAUAAAAGAUGUUAGCAAAUAAUACAAA